AUGACUCGCAACGCUCUGAACAUCGUUAACAGACUUUGUGUCUUUAUCCUCUUGGGAGCACAGGCACUCUCCCAAACCGUCACCGUCACCAUCGACACCUCUUCUGUCCUAGGAUCCAACGAAAAUCCCGCCGACAUCGAAAGCUUUUUGGGUAUCACUUAUGGUAUCGCUUCUCGCUUCAAACGCAGCUCCCCAAUCUCGUAUCUUGCUCCUGCUGAGGCAAUAGUCAAUGCCACGACAUUUGGCGUAGCUUGUUCGCAAACCGUUACAGCGGGCAAUCCCUUGAACUACGGAGCUUAUGGUUAUGGCGAAAAUUGUUUGACCUUGGAUAUUUAUCGACCUCCUAAUACCCUAGCAAAUGCCUCUUUACCCGUAAUGGUUUGGAUUUCCGGCGGAGCUUUCCUUCAAGGAUCGACUUCUGUAUACCCCGGCACAGGCAUUGUAGCUCGUUCCAUGGAACUGGGUCUUCCAGUCAUUACAGUAAUCAUCAACUACCGUCUUGCAUUCUGGGGCUUCCUUGGUGGUCAAGAAGCGGCAGACAAUAAUGCGCUAAACCUCGGACUAUAUGACCAAAGAGAUGCAUUGACUUGGGUUCAAAAUUAUAUCAGUAACUUUGGAGGAGACCCCGCGAAGGUUACAGUCUUCGGAAGUUCUGCUGGCGCCAUUUCUAUCGGACAUCAUCUGUUCACGACAGAUUCGAACCUCUUCCGCGCUGUGAUUAUGGGCUCAGGAACUGCUAGCACGUUAGCUGUACGAAAACCCAAUGACCCAGCCGUUCAAGCAGUAUACGAUGGUGUCGUCAACCUUGUGGGAUGCAACACCGCGAGCGACACAUUCGCAUGCCUUAGCACCGUUGACGAGGAUACGUUGUUCGAUGCUGUCAAUACCUAUGAUCCAGAUUCACUUUUCCAGCUUCGGCCUUGGGCUCCAAUCAUCGACGGAGAUCUCAUCCCAGAUGAUCCCUUCACUCUCAUUUCGGAGGGCAAGUUUACGGCCAAGCCUUUCAUCACCGGCGAUGUCGUGGACGAAGGAACAAGAUUCGUGGUUCCGCAGGCUAUCAACACCACCGCCGACUUCCUCAAUGUACUCGCUAUCGUGGACUCCCCUACUCUCACACCGAGCCCAUUCGCUCAGAAUCAAACCCUUGUAUCUUGUUUGGAGACGCUGUACCCUGCUACUCCCGCUGCUGGAUCGCCUUUCGGAACUGGUAAUGUUACAUUCUUCGGAGAUCAGUUUAAGAGAGCCGCGGCUGUGAUUGGAGAUGUGCACUUUCACUCACAAAGACGUGCGUUCCUCGCUGCCACAGCGAAGAAGAAUGUGCCGAGCUGGAGCUAUCAGCUUGCUCAAUUGACUAGCACCGACCCUUCGGUAGCUUGGGAAGGUGUCGCCCAUGAGACUGAUGUUCCAUUUGUUUUCAACUCGUAUCCUUCGACGGACGGCGAUCUUUACACCGUUGCUUCCUACAUAUCUGCCUACUGGGUGGCAUUUGCGAACAAUCUUGACCCUAACGUAUCUGGACUCCCUACAUGGAACGAGUACGGGUCUAGCAAACAAUCUUUGCAAAUCGAAGCUGGUGCAACCGAGAUGAUUGCUGAUAACUUCCGCCAAGCUGGAAUCGAAUUCUUGACGACUGCUAGAGCACAAAUCUAUAACGCUUAA